UGUGUUGUUUUGCCAUUACAGGUGCUGUUUUGUUUUUAUUUGUUUUCUAGUUUGUUAGGUUUCCUGAGGUAUGCCUUUUGUACAUCUGUAUAUUCUUCUUAUCUCAUUUUAUAACUUACUUACCGAACAAAAAUAUAUAAUUUCAGGUACUUAUGGGAAAAAGAAAAUAUGUUGCUGCUACUAUGGGUGAUGCAUUAUUACAGAUGCAUGAAUAUGAUUCAGAUGGCACUGAAACCUCUCAAUCAUCACAUACGUCUGUGUGUCGACCAAGAGAUGUGACACCAUCAUUGGAGCUACAACCGCAAAGAAGUCAACCAUCACUAGUGCCCACUGUUGUAUUAGAGUCACGUGACUCCGGUCCUUCUUCGCGGAGGCAUGGUCGUGGUCGUGCUAAGGGAAUCAAGGAAUGGGGUACAGGAGCAAAGCUAAAUGUAGAGUUCAAUGCCAUGUUUCAGCCACUUAAUAAACUAGGACGGUCAUUUAAGGGGCAGUUGGGUCAGAUUGUGCGCAAUCCACACUGA